CAUUAGACGAACAACAUUGUGAAAAUCAUUUUAUUAGCUCAAUUAAGCGAAAUAGUUUAGGUAGAUUUGUAGUAACAAUACCAUUUAAAAUCUCGGAACUUAGUAAAUUAGGAAAUUCUAGGGACAUGGCGUUAAAGAGGUUGUUUGCUAUGGAGAGAAAAUUGAAUCGUGAUUCAAAUUUAAAAUCUGAUUAUAUUAAAUUCUUAACAGAAUACGAACAGCUAGGUCAUAUGAGUAAAAUAUCAGAAAACGAAAUACAGGGUCCUCGAUUUUAUUUACCCCACCAUGCUGUGUUUAAGCAGUCUAGUACGACGACGAAACUUCGGGUGGUAUUUGACGCAUCCGCUAAGACUACUUCCGGUAUUUCUUUAAAUGAUAUACAGUAUACAGGGCCAACAAUCCAAAGCGACUUAUUAUCAAUUCUUUUAAGAUUUCGUCAACACGAUUUUGUAAUAACAGCCGAUAUCACUAAAAUGUAUCGUCAAAUUUUAGUCGACGAAUCACAACGAAACCUACAAUUAAUUCUUUGGCGGCCUAAUCAAAAUCGGGAUGUCGAUUGUUUUCGCUUGAACACAAUUACCUACGGCACGGCUGCAGCUUCUUUUCUAGCUACUAGAUGUUUGAACCAGUUAGCCCUAGAACAUGAAAAUCAAUUUCCCUUGGAAAGCCAUUUAAUUAAAAACGAUUUUUACAUGGACGACCUUUUAACCGGGUCUAACUCAGAAACAGAACUAAUGGCCAUUCAAGGGAAUAUCUCCAAGAUUUUAAAAUCCGCCGGGUUCGAAUUAUGUAAGUGGACGUCCAACAGCCAAACCGUUAUAGAAAAUAUAAACAAAAAUCAGAAAACAACGGACAAUUUGGUUAAAUUCCAGGAGAAAGGUGAAAGCAAAACACUCGGUAUUUUAUGGAAUCCCAAUAAUGAUAAUUUUCAAUACAAUGAAAGAAUCAUCUACAGUAAUCAUGUUACCAAACGUACGAUAUUAUCAAACGUUGCGCAAAUUUUUGACCCCCUUGGAUUACUCGCCCCAAUAAUAGUAAUAGCUAAAUUAAUUAUACAGGAUCUUUGGCAGCUGAAAUUAUCUUGGGAUCAAUCCAUUCCUCUAGAUAUUCACACUAAGUGGUGUAAAUAUAGCGAUCAGUUAAAAUUUAUUAGACAUAUUCAGAUUCCGAGACAGGUUAUAUGUAGGCAGGCAAAUAUGAUUGAAUUGCACGGCUUCUCUGAUGCAUCUGAGAAGGCAUACGGUGCGUGUGUGUAUAUUAGAAGUAGGAACAAUUCAGGACUUUACACAGUUUCUUUAUUGUGCGCCAAAUCUCGAGUUGCACCACUAAAAAACAUAUCUUUACCAAGACUUGAAUUAUGUGGAGCGUUACUUUUGGCUCGUUUAGUGGCAAGGGUUAAAGACGCUAUCAAAAUUAACUUUAAUCGACAUUUUUAUUGGUGUGAUUCCACCAUAACUUUAGCUUGGAUAGCUGGACCUCCUAACAAAUGGAAAACAUUUGUCGCAAACCGCGUUUCGGAAAUACAUAAUUUAACAGAUCAAAAGGACUGGGUGCACGUAUCGACAAAACAUAAUCCCGCUGACUUGAUAUCACGCGGGGUAGAAUCAAUGCAGUUAGCAAAUUCAAGCAUGUGGUGGAACGGGCCCCCGUGGCUUUUAGACGAUAUAAAAAAUUGGCCUAUUUCAAACAUUGUUACAUCUGAAGCCCCGGAACAAAGAGUUGUAGCGCAUGCAUCAGUUUUGAGAAGUGAAUUUUCACUAUUCUCUAAAUUUUCAGAUUUAAACAAAUUAACAGCUGUAACCGCGUAUUGUCUUCGUUUUAUAGGAAACGCACGAACGCAGCUAACAAAACGAAAGGUCGGAACUUUAAGCACUACCGAACUGCAAAAUGCUUUAUUAAUUUUGAUAAGGAACGUGCAAGAGUCGGUCUAUUUUGAGGAAAAACAUCUAAUAAAAUCAGGUAAACAAGUCGGACGUAAAAGUAAGUUGUUAUCAUUACAUCCGUUUUGUGACCAGGAUGGCUUAUUGCGGGUAGGCGGACGUAUCGAAAACGCAAACUUUAGUUACGAUAAAAAACACCCAAUAAUUCUUCCUCCUAAACAUCACUUAACAAGAUUAAUAAUAGAACAUGAACAUAAGCGUUUGUUACAUUGCGGGCCUAAUCAAGUUCUCGCGUCUUUAAGAGACAAAUAUUGGCCAAUUUCCGCCAAAGGUAGCAUAAGGCAGAUUAUACAUAAAUGUUUAAAAUGCUAUAGGGUAAAUCCAAAACCAUUCGUACCCUUUAUGGGAUCACUACCCAAAAGCCGUUUAACACCAGCACCACCGUUUUAUAACUGUGGAAUUGAUUACGCUGGGCCUAUUUACAUCAAGGAAAAACGCGGACGUAGUAAUAAGGAAAUAAAGGCUUACAUGUGCAUUAUAGUUUGUUUUGUGACAAAGGCUAUUCAUUUAGACUUAGUAACCAGCUUAACUGCAGAAGCCUGUGUGGCCAUGCUGCGUAGAUUUAUAUCACGCCGGGGCCAACCUCUAAACAUUUACUCAGAUAACGGCUUAAGUUUUGUAGGAGCAAAUUCCGAGUUAAACGAAUUUUACAAAAUGCUAAACAACCCAUCAAACUCUGCCAUUAUCAAUAAUAUAAUGAAUAAGUCAGGCAUUACUUGGCAUUUUAUCCCUCCCAGAUCGCCCCAUUUUGGGGGUCUAUGGGAAGCUGGUGUGAAAUCGGUAAAAAACCAUUUGAAGCGUGUAGUCGGUAAUACAAAACUAACAUUUGAAGAGUUUUAUACCUUGCUAACACAAAUAGAAGCGGUUUUAAAUUCCCGUCCUCUUUCCCCUUUAUCAAAUGACCCAACAGAGUUAGAACCCUUGACCCCAGCGCACUUCCUUAUUGGUCGAAAAUUAACAGCCAUGCCAGAACCUUCGUUACUGGACAUCAAGGAGUCCCGACUAAACAAAUUUCAGCAUAUCCAGAAGAUGCAGCAGGACUUCUGGAAACGUUGGAGCAAAGAAUAUGUACAUCAAUUACAGACUCGGUCGAAAUGGAAGGAAACCCAGCAGUGUUCAAUCAAAUCAGGUGUUCUCGUCUUAAUUAAAGAAGACAACCUGCCUCCAUUAAAGUGGCAAUUGGGUCGUGUAGUUGACGUUCACCCGGGAAGUGACGAUGUGAUACGAGUUGUUUCAGUGAAGGUGUCGAACGGAAAAAUCCUAAAACGUGCGGUCACAAAAAUAUGUGUGCUACCAAUGGACAUGUGA